AUGUUCUUUCUCAAGAUAUUGAUAUCUGCUUUUCUUAUUUUGUGUUGUAAAUAUCUUUCACGUAUCCUGAUACCUGGAAUACUGGUUGGUAGUCUAUCGUUGACCCCUUUCAUCUCCAUCACAAGACGCCUACUUUCAUCGGGAAGAACGAGGAAGCUACUCUCAUUCCGAUUCUUGCUUCUGGUCUUUCUUGUUGGGCUUGAUCAUCUCCCGUCGAGAACAUACACAUCUCCUCCACUUUCUACUUCUUCUUUAAUAUUCUCUAAAUCAUCGGCAAGAUCACCCCUCGGCAUCGGUGCCAUCGCCGAUGUGGUGCUAUUAAGUACCUUCGUCGAAGUCACCGAGACCGUUCGGCCGCCUCCCGUUGCGACUGCGCCGGCACCAGCUCCAGAUGGAAAUGCGCCUGCACCUCAAACCACGAAUGCAGCCACUGAUCCUGUGGUGGCUACAGCUACUGCCACCGCUGUUGCUGCUAAUACAGCUGUCGCGGUUGUGACAGCGUCAGGGCCAGAUGGUUCACAGCCGAUGCGGAGUGGUGGAGGACAGGCUAUGGUUCAAGGGCCUGGUACUGCGGUAGUCACUUUUACAGCGGCUUCAACCGCUGCCCCAGUCACUGGGACCGUGGAGGAUGUUACCUCUUAUCAACCCGAGAAAACUCAGGCAUCAGGAUUUCUGUCGGGAACGAAUACCCUUCUCACAACCACAAGUCACCUGACCGCGAUCCCAGGGACUGCGCCCUCAUUAUCGGCGGUAUCAUUUCCAAACCCUACUUCCACUUCAGAUUCCUCUUCUUCACAGAAGUUUCCCACCUACGCUGCUGGUCUGGCCUCCGGAACAGCAGUUAUCGCUGCAGUAGGCGUAGGAGUGGCUAUAUACCUUGUGCGGAGACAGCACCGUCGUCAUGGCCAGAGGAAGCAUAGCCCCGUCCGAGAAAUUGGGGAAGUCAAUAAUCGACCAUUCUCAAUGCGAAAAGUUAGCGAGGCGAUGAGCAUUACUAACCUAAACAAGGCUUGUGGUGGUGGUGAUAAUAAAUUGACCAGCAUGAAGCCUCCACCAGAUAUUGAUCCGGACACCUGUUGGCCUCGAGGCGCAAUACCACCUGACCCGGAACAACUGCGCGAGAGGAUGGAUGGUGAGAGGAGGAGAAGUGGCGGGAAGGAGGCAUAUGAUUCAGCGCUGGAUUUGGGGAUUGGUUAUGUCUCUUCUACUUCUACAACUCCUGCCGAAAGACGGGAUGGGUAUUUUGAUGGAUAUACCCGUGAAACUACGCGUCCGUUAUCAGAAAUUUCAAUGCCCGAUCACAUGAAACCAUUCAUGACGCCGCUGAGGUCGCGUCGUAGCCAUGACUCUGUUCCGGAGCCAAUUGAUAGAGCGGGCGCCAUAUCGCCCGCACCGUCAUCAAUAUAUUCUCGUGACUUUUCUCGUCGUGAGAGUAUAGUAACUAAAUUCGGGCAUAUACAUGCCCAAAUCGAUGGCAAUAACAACACCAACAACUUCAAUCCGCAAAGAGAAGAGUAUCGUCUCCGCAAGGAGCAGGCCCGACAGUUUGGAACCUACGAGUUCAUGGAGGAAGAAGAGGAAAGGGCUUGUGAUGAUUGGUUAAAAAUGGGGAAUGGAGCAGGAACGAACCAGAGACAAGAGGCAGGAGAAGCAGAGGAGUACAAUAGUCGUCAUUAUGCCGCACAGCAGAAUACCGCUAAUCCAGGGAUAGGGGGAAUAGAACAACAUGAUGACUAUUUCUCUGCACAGCAUGCUGCCAUCGAUCAGGACAGACAAAGUCAAUUUACAAAUAUCGAUUUGAGCCAAGAGGAACCCCAUUCUGAGGAGACAACGAAUCAAAGAAGCUCCGGGGGUGUUUUCGGGAGGUUUUUCGGUAGAGGUUGA